AUGGAAAAAUCACCAGAAAUGGAGCACCCUGUAAAGGCUUUUGGAUGGGCUGCCAAAGACACAACUGGGAUUCUUUCUCCCUUCAAGUUCUCAAGAAGGUCAACUGGUGAGCACGAUGUGCAGUUAAAAGUGUUGUAUUGUGGGAUUUGUCAUUCGGAUCUUCACAAUGCCAAGAACGACUGGGGAUUCACACAAUACCCAGUUGUGCCCGGGCACGAGAUUGUCGGGGUGGUAACAGAGAUUGGUAACAAGGUCGAGAAAUUCAAGGUUGGAGACAAAGUAGGCGUUGGAUGCUUGGUCGGAUCAUGUAGGGAAUGUAAUUCAUGUAACAAAGAUCUUGAAAAUUAUUGUCCUAAACAGGUACUCACCUAUGGCGCAAAGGACACCGACGGCACCUUCACGUACGGUGGUUUCUCUGAUAUUAUGGUGGUUAAUGAGCACUUUGUUAUUCGCUGGCCAGAAAACUUGCCCUUGGAUGCUGGAGCUCCGCUCAUGUGCGCCGGGAUUACAACUUAUAGCCCGCUCAGGCACUACGGGCUCGACAAGCCUGGAUUGCAUAUCGGCAUAGUCGGGCUUGGGGGACUCGGCCAUGUGGGGGUGAAGUUCGCCAAAGCAUUUGGGGCUGAAGUUACAGUUAUUAGCACAUCUAUCAAUAAGAAGAAGGAAGCAAUUGAAAAGUUAGGUGCAGACUCGUUCUUGGUUAGCCGAAAUGAAGAGGAAAUGAGAGGUGCAGCUGGAACAUUAGAUGGGAUCAUUGAUACUGUUUCUGCCGUUCACUCCCUUUCGCCAUUAUUGAGUUUGUUGAAGACUGAUGGAAAGCUGAUCAUGGUUGGUGCACCGGCCAAGCCACUGGAGGUUCCGAUUUUCCCCCUUCUAUCAGGGCGGAAGGUGGUGGCUGGCAGCAUGAUUGGAGGACUGAAAGAGACACAGGAGAUGAUUGAUUUUGCAGCCAAACACAACGUAUUGCCGGACGUGGAGAUCAUCCCGAUGGAUUACGUCAACACUGCGAUGGAACGAUUACUCAAAUCCGAUGUCAAAUAUCGAUUCGUGAUUGACGUCAAGAAAACAUUGAGAGCCGAAUAA